UUCCCUAAUACGGUCUCUGCAUUGAAAUUUGAAUUGGAGACAAGACCCUCAAAUCUCACAACACUCUUGGCUAUAAAUUUUGGGGUUGGAACAGAAGGAAGAGACGGGGAAGUGAAGCCAGAUAUGGAUUGGGAUUGGAGCAUAAGACCUUCUGUUCCUCAAGCGGAGUCCUCCUUUGGCUUCCUCUGUAACUUUAACUACACACCAUAUCCAGGAAUGGAAGUGAGACAUCCAGCAAUGAGAGAGAGUGAGAGACAAGGGUUGGCUCCGGGAAUGGACAGAGUCAACUACGGAAAGCAAGAACAGAAGAAGAAGAAGCGAUUAACGAGCAAGCAGCUUGAGUCAUUGGAGAAGAGUUUCGAGAAGGAGAGGAAAUUGGACGCAGAUAGGAAGAUGAAGCUUUCGAAGGAGUUAGGGCUUCAGCCUCGCCAGGUUGCGGUUUGGUUCCAAAACAGGAGGGCUAGGUGGAAGGCAAAGCAGCUUGAGCACUUGUAUGAUGCUCUCAAACAGGAUUUUGAUGCCAUCUACAAGGAAAGACAGAAGCUUCAAGAAGAGGUUAUGAUAUUAAAAGCCAUGCUGAAAAAGCAAGAAUCUUCUAGGACGCAGGCAUCUGCAGAUUAUCUAGAAAUCUGCGGAAGAAAGUAAAUUCACGGGGAAGCCUUUGCUUUCUUCAAGCACAAGUUUAUCAUUCCAAAUCUGU